GUGCGGCUGUGGGAUGCGGCGACGGGACAGCCAUUGGGAGAGCCCUUGGAGGGGCACACUGAUUGGGUUUGGUCAGUCUCGUUCUCACCAGACGGUACUCGCAUCGUGUCUGGUUCGGGAGAUAAGACUGUGCGGCUGUGGGAUGUAGCGACCAGACGGCCAUUAGGAGAGCCCUUAGAGGGGCACACUGCAUUGGUUUAUUCAGUCUCGUUCUCACCGGACGGUACUCGCAUCAUAUCUGGUUCAUCAGAUAAGACUGUCCGUAUGUGGAGUGCAGUGAAACUGCAGCCAUCCCCCGAGUCCAGAGAGCCAGAUUCCUUCGCAUCUCCACUUCACCACAGCACCACACCUCUCACUCAAGAAAGCCAUAUCAUGCCAACCAACACUUAUCACGCCCACCACAUUUGCUUCUCGCCCAGAGUUGAAGAUGCCCUGCCCAAUCCCGCUGACUUGCUCGAACCCACCUCUCACGACGAUUGUAAUCCAACCCCUUUCUUGCUGCAGGCUGAUGGACGGAUGAUGGGCCCCAAUCGCCGGCUCCUUUUCUGGGUACCUCCCGCUUCCCGACAUGCAUUUUAUACCCCUUGGACUUCAUUGGUGAUUUCAAGAGGAGGUGCCGAGCUCGAUUUGAGCCGCAUGGCACAUGGGACAAACUGGUCUAGUUGCCGGGAUGCCUCCACGUAAUAGUGAUUUCAUUACUGCACUAUGGAGUGUACCGUUGAUUCUUUGAUUUUAUACUUAGCACUUCGUCUGAAUAAGUUAUGGUUGUUCCACUGAAUGAUGUGCUAAUGUUGUUCCUGAUUCGUGAUGCAUCUAGUACCGGGACCUAAUUCAUAUUGAUACUUCAUAUACAACCGUACAGUACCAAAUCUCUAAAUAGCAUGUGUAAUUAUUCCUUGUUCGAUCCGAUCCAACGUGCUAAAAUCCAAAGCAUUUCCCUCGAGCC